GCAGGUUUGCCUCUGCAGACUGGGGUAGGCAGGGCCGAAGGUGGCCUUAAUUGUUAUGACGGACAGAAGGGGCAAGCUGUAGGGCGAAGUGGCAACUUUCAGACCUGUUCAGUUCAGCUCACGCUGCUUCUCUCUUCUGAUGAGACAGAAAAGCAACAUUUUUCUUUGCGUCCCGGCAGAACCGAACCGACUGCGUUGUUUUGUACCCAAACUGCAAGGGAGAGGCCUAAGAUGCAACCUCAGUCAAACAUGUCCGUGUCUGUGUCACGUUACGUGGGCCCCAGCCCUCUUCCGGCCUGCAGAAGCCUCAGCCACCAAACUAGCCAAGCCCAUCAUGAUGUAGCCUGUUGUGCAAACUCAGUUGGUGUGGUGAGCUUGAGAUACGGCCUGUUCCGUGAACCCAGGUAGUUGGGCUUAAGGCAUAAACCAUGUUCCAGCUAACCAUGGGCUGGCGUGUUGUACAAACAAUGGUGGUAUCCUCACAGAGGGCCAAGGAGGAGAAAGAGGACCGACGUGAGAAGGUAUUUAUGGCACAGAGAAGGCUGGAAAAACCAGCCAGGGCUGUGGUAGCAAAUGAGCAAGUUCUUGUGACCACUUGCAGAACAGCUUCAGCCUGUGGUUUCCUGUCAGAGACACAUUCCCCCCCGCCCCCACCCCCGGCAGGAGCAUCCACAGCUUCAGCCGCCAUCUUGACCGGGCAGAGCUGUUUGGGGGUCCCCAAGGCUUGGAGCUGAGCCUCACUUAGGAGAGAAGAUUUCCCUCCUCCUUUUCAUGGUGGAAUCCACCCUGCCUGUGUUUCCCCUUCCGCGCCUGCGUCACAAGCCCGCAGCUCUCUCGGAAAGAGGCUGGGCUGCCGUUGAGACAGUGGAAACCGACGUAUCGGUGUUGGAGACCCAACUGGAAAAGUUGCUGAAGCUAUGCAGUGCCAUGCUGGAAUCCGGGCGCCAAUACUGCAGCCACAGCAAGAGCUUGGCAUGUGGGAUUCGGGAACUUUCCCAGCAUUCCUCGGGGGAUGCGUUGAUGAGCGAAUGCCUGGAAAAGUUUUCCCAGGGGCUGAACAAAAUGAUGGAGCAGCAUGAGGAACUCCUGGAGACCACCCAGCAGUCCCUCAAGCAGCAGCUGCAAACUCUGGUGAAGGAGGACAUUAAGCACUUCAAAGAGGCCCGGAAGGAAUUUGAGCGGGGCAGCGAAAGUUUAGCCAGCGCCUUGCACCAUAACGCUGAGGUGCCCCGUCGGCGCCACCACGAGGCUGAAGACGCCAUGGUUGCCCUCAAGGCCGCUCGCACCACUUUCCGCAACCGAGCCCUCGACUACGUGCUGCAGAUCAACGUGAUUCAAUCCAAGAAGAAAUUUGAGAUCCUGAAGUUUAUCUUGUCCUUCAUGGAGGCGCAAUCUGUCUUCCUCGAGCAGGGCUUCCAUGCGUCGAAACAGCUGGAACAGUAUCGCAAAGACUUGGCUGCUCAGCUCCACGAGCUGGUCCUGGAGUCAGCCCGCGAAAAGAGGGACAUGGAGCAGAGGCACACUGCCAUAAAACAGAAGGAUUUGACCCAAGAGGAUGAUGUUCCAGAGAUCCGGACGGAGCCAGGCGAGGUGGUGAUGGAAGGGUACUUGUAUAAACGGGCCAGCAACGCGUUCAAGACCUGGAGCAG